GAGGAGGAGCCAGGGCUGCUGUCAGUUUCCAAGAGCACCCAAAAAAAAACAAAGCAAAGCCCCAACGCGGGCAGCUGGAGCCAGGAGAGGGCUGGCAGAGAGAAGGCGAGGCGCCAGCACUCCAAGUCACACCAGCACAGCUCUGCAAGCCCCAGGCAGGCAUCUACUUGUGUCCAACUGUUCAAACCUCUCUCUCUCUCUCUCUCUCUGCAGCCAGGAUCAGAACCGUGGCACCUUCAGCUACAAAAAAACAGCAAAGAAAAAAAAGAUAUUUAAUUAUACAGGAAUCAAUAGCAACUGCAAAUAAUAAGGAAGCAUCUUCCUGGGCUUGCAUUGGAGAAUAAGAGAGCGAGGCAGAGAAGGAGACGAGGAAGGCUGGGAGAGUGUGGGCAAAGGUGGUGGGGGAAUUGGGGUGCUUUCUCCUGCACUGUUACCCCAACUGGUGUGGCUUUCUGCGGGGGUUAAGGGGAGGAGGGGAGGGAGGAGGAGAAAACUGGUUGAUUUCUCCGCCCUGGCUCUAGCCGACUCGGUGGUCUCGGUUGUGUCCGAGGGAGGCUUUUAUAUCUCGGCGGCCAGAGAGAAAGGCAGCGCACAAGGCUGUGGAUGAAGAUGGAAGAUCAGUCCCGGCUGCGACACCCCCACGCCGGGGUCAGCAUCCCAGGGCUGCCCCAGCACCUUCAAGACACCGGGGGAGAGGCGGAGGGCAGGAAGCAGGACAUUGGAGACAUCUUACAGCAAAUAAUGACCAUCACAGACCAGAGCUUGGACGAGGCACAGGCGCGGAAACACGCGUUGAAUUGCCACAGAAUGAAGCCGGCUCUCUUCAACGUGCUCUGUGAGAUCAAAGAGAAAACAGAGUUGAGUAUCCGGGGAGCACAGGAAGAGGAGCCGCCGGACCCCCAGCUCCUGCGAUUGGACAACAUGCUGCUGGCGGAGGGCGUGGCCGGGCCGGAGAAGGGCGGGGGCUCCGCCUCCACUGCCGCAGCCGCUGCCGCAGCCACCUCUGGGGGCUCGAGCACGGACAACUCGGCGGAACACACCGACUACAGGGCCAAGCUGACACAAAUCCGGCAGAUCUACCACACCGAGCUCGAGAAGUACGAACAGGCCUGCAACGAGUUCACCACGCACGUCAUGAACCUGCUGCGGGAGCAGAGCCGGACGCGGCCCAUCUCCCCAAAGGAAAUCGAGAGGAUGGUCAACAUCAUUCACCGCAAGUUCAACUCCAUCCAGAUGCAGCUGAAGCAGAGCACGUGUGAGGCGGUGAUGAUCCUCCGCUCACGGUUCCUGGAUGCACGGAGAAAAAGGCGUAACUUCAGCAAGCAAGCGACGGAGAUCCUCAAUGAGUAUUUCUACUCUCACCUCAACAACCCCUACCCCAGUGAAGAAGCCAAGGAGGAACUGGCAAAGAAAUGUAGCAUCACAGUGGCACAGGUAUCAAACUGGUUUGGUAACAAGCGAAUCCGGUACAAGAAAAACAUAGGCAAGUUCCAGGAGGAGGCAAAUCUGUACGCCGCCAAAACAGCGGUAACUGCGACAAACGCGACACCUCAAGGAAGUCAAGCCAACUCCCCGUCCACUCCCAACUCCACUGGUACAGAAACACGCUACAGGUCGGUGGGCUCCUGCAGCCCUCCAGCUCCGCGCCCCGCUGGCCGCUCCUCGUGUACGGGCUUAGAGAGUUCGUUGGCCUCGUAUAACUUGGCAAGCACUGGAGAUCUGUACAUGAGCAUGCAGGCACUUAACGGGGACACUUACCAGCAAACCCAGGUCGGAGCCAACGUGCAGUCACAGGUGGACUCGCUGCGUCACGUCAUCAACCAGACCGGAGGAUACAGCGAUGCUCUGGGAACAGGACGGAUGUACAGUCCGCAGCCCUUGAACACCAAUGGCGGCUGGCAAGAUGCAGCCACUCCGUCCUCAGUGACUUCACCAACAGAAGGUCCUGGAAGUGUCCAAUCCGAUACCUCCAACUGAUCUCCUGGCAACAGGGCAUCAUGGCAGCCAAUG